GUUACGGCCGUAGCCGGUUGCUAGGGGACCGGACUCUGGGUAACGGGAUAGCUGCGCCCAGAUGGAGACCAGCGGGGAUUACCGCAACGGUUCGAGCAUCUUGGAAGAUGGAAAUGCAAAACUUCGCCAGUCAAAGCUGCAUAACCAGAGAGCUCUCCUGGAGCAGAAGCAAAGACGGAAAAGGCAGGAGCCACUUAUGGUCGUACCAAACAGUGAAGUCAGGCAUCGGCGUUCCAAGCCCAAAAAGAAUGAUGAGCAAGCCCCUCUGGUGCAGCAUACCAAUACAGGAACUGUACAGUGUGAUGUAAUCUUGGAUGGCAUUGAUGGUCCAGCUGCAUUCCUCUGUGGAGACCAGGAUUUAAGCAACAAGGUUCAUAUUCUGUCUGUUGGAGAGACCUGCACUGAUGAUGAGUUUGAUGAUGAUGAUGACAUUCUGCAGACCAGCACAAAAGCAGCCAGCUCAAGGCCAGGUUCCAGAGAGGAAAAUGCAAGGCCUACAUCCAGUGAGGAAAAGCCUAGUUCCAGCAAUGGGAAACGCAGACCUGCUUUGCCAGAGACAAAGAUCCAAGCAGAACCAGAUGUCUCUAAACGUGUCCUCCAAGAGAUGCUCCAGGAUAGAGGUAUAUCAGACAGCCUAAAUUUCGACGAAGAAACCUCAGAGGAAGAGGAGGAAAAGUCUGGCAGUACACGGCCAAGUUCAGCAUCUAGCAAAAAAUCUUUGACAGAUGUGGGUUCUGCAGAGACUGCACAGAUAGGUCUAUCGGGAGAUGGGCUUGAGGUGGGUGACUUGAAAGAGUUUGUGCUGCGUCCUGCUCCACGUGGAAUCACUGUUCGAUGCCGUAUUACCCGCGACAAGAAGGGAAUGGACCGUGGUCUCUAUCCCACAUACUAUAUGCAUCUUGAAAGGGAUGAUAACCGGAAGGCUUUUCUUCUUGCUGGUAGGAAGAGGAAAAAAAGUAAAACGUCUAAUUACCUCAUGUCUAUUGAUCCAACUGAUCUUUCCAGAGAAGGAGAUAGUUUUGUGGGCAAACUACGGUCCAAUCUAAUGGGUACUAAGUUUACUGUGUAUGAUGAUGGAGGAGACCCAGCUAAAGUUCGAGGACAGACAGAUCCUUCUAUGUUUCGAAAAGAGCUGGCAGCUAUUUGUUAUGAAACCAAUGUCCUCGGUUUCAGAGGUCCACGAAAGAUGACAGUCCUGAUUCCAGGCAUGAACAGCAAUGAUGAACGCAUAUCCUGUCAGCCAGAAAAUGAUUCCGAGAGCCUUGUGUCUAGGUGGCUUAAUAAGUCGCUUGACAAUAUAAUCGAGCUGCACAAUAAAGCCCCUGUGUGGAAUGAUGAUACUCAGUCGUAUGUGCUCAACUUCCAUGGCCGCGUCACUCAUGCAUCUGUCAAAAACUUUCAGAUUGUUCAUGACAAUGACCCUGAUUAUAUAGUUAUGCAAUUUGGUCGGGUGGCUGAAGACAUCUUCACUCUGGAUUACAACUUCCCUAUGUGUGCUCUUCAGGCCUUCUCUGUCGCCCUCUCUAGUUUUGACAGCAAGCUUGCUUGUGAAUGAGAGUCACUUGCUUCGUCCACUACAGUCAAUCCGUCAUACUUACCCACAUCUUCACCUGCCACAAUGUUGAUCUGGAUCUAGGAGUGUAAUAUCUCUUCGCAAAUGUUGGGUGGGCACAAUUAGCCACUGUGCCUUCCAUGUUUCAUAAGAAUGCAAAACCUUUUUAGAUCUUUAAAAAAAAAAAAAAAAGGUUAUAAAGUAAUA